UUCAUAUGUUCCAACAGAGCAAUUAUGGAGGGCAAAACAAGUUUAUGGGGCAACAACAGCGACAAGUUCAUAUUCGAUCAAUGCCAAGCCCGAAUUCUGGUGUUAACACCCGAAAUCCCUCAUUUUCUACUCAGAGAGAUACCCAGUACAUUCCUCAGCCUCCCACAAAUGUUUAUCAAAAAAGCCAACAACAACAACGACUUCAAAGAACCAUUUCAAUGCCAGGACGGGUUAACUCUCCUUGUACACCCCAAGGGGGAGGAUUUGUCGGUGGAGAACCUCUUCUCUCACCUCAGCCACAAGCUUCUCCAAGUUACAGCAGUCAUUCAUUGCCUGGAACCCCAGUUCCUAGCUCAGUUAGUGCAACUAGCACUUUAGUUACAACAACUUCACCAUCCAGCUAUAGCCUAGCAGGUGACAGCUCUAAUUAUUUUGACCAGCAAGGCCUCCAGCUUUAUAACACUACAGCAGGAGAGUGUCGGAGUCGUGUUGCAUCUGGAGGAAUGACAUCUGAGUUUGUGCGUCAGGAACUAAGAGCUAAAGUUGGAGCAAGAACUCAACAGCAGCAGCAGCAAGGAGUGGGUCAUCAACAACUUCAAUAUUCCAUCACUGGAACAAACCCAGAACCAGGAAGCCAGACAUUCAGCUCUUCUGACUUAGAUGCUUUGGGAUUGUCUUUGGAGCUUGGAGAAAGCAGCAAUGGCCAACAAGGCAUGCCUGGAUUGUUCUCACAGUCAUUACUUAGCAUAAGUGGCAACCAAGACACCACGAUGCAAAUGAUGACAGUAGAAAGAAAUAGUCCAAGGGUUGAAGAGCCUAGACCACCGGAACAAAAGAAAAGUUUGUUACAACAGUUGCUCUCAGCUGAGCCUCCUUAGUCAAUUUAUGUCUUGGUUUCACCCUUUGUAGAAGUUUAGGUGACAUCUGUACAAACAGUACACUCUUUAAUUCACAACUCGAACGCUUUAAAAAAACGUUUAAACUUAAAGAAACUGGUGCAGACACGAGAACAAACAAACUUGAAUUUGUACGUGCUUCACCCUUCUGUAAAUAAUCUAUCUGUAGAACUUGUUAUUAGCUGUAUAAGGAUGCUUGUGAGAUGACUAAAUGGUUAACUGGCUGAAUCACAAAAAUAAUGUGCAUGCUUCGCUCUCUUUGUGACAAGGAAUUUGCGUGCUUACUUCAUAAUUUUGUGAAAAUAGACUAUAAAAGAUUGGCUCUGAGGAGUUGUGAAGUUUAUUCAUCAGUGUUUACUACACAGGGAGAUAAACUUUUUUUAUCUCUGGUGCUCUGGAGUUUUUACUUUACCCUUAAAAAUUACAUUUUAUUGUUAAAACGUAAUUAAUCUUUAUUAGAUGUAAUUAGCAGACCAAUUGCAAGCUCUAUUUUCUAUGUUUAAAUAAUGGAAUUAGUUUAUAUGACAAAGGUUGUACUGUCUUUCAACAAAUAUUACUCUCUUUUUUUUUUGAAGAUAACUUUACACUGGAAUGCUUGGAUACUAAACUGUAUCCAAGUUUAAUAACCUAAAACUAAAGCGAUGUUGUUUAUUUUCAAUUUUCUGUCAUAACUUGGAUAAUAAUUUUAAUAUUCUCUCUUUUUUAAGAUGUCCUUUUUUUGUUUGCUUUAAUCGUCAGCUUCGGGUAACAUUGGCAAUCUACAGAACUACUUUGUUUACAAGCUUUACUAAAACUGCAAUGCACAAGAAAGUGGCUAGUGCUGUCUGUUUUUAGUCAAGUAUAUGUAUGCUCAUGUAAUUUGUAUAUGAUACGAGUGUGUAUAACUGAUGUUUUUCUUGUGCAUUUGUAUGCAUGUAUAUAUGAAUAUAUAUAUAAGUAACCCAACAUUGAUUGAGAGUGUAGCCCCUGAGAAUGAUUAAACAGACCAUCUCUGUAACAAAAUGCUAUUUUAUUCUUUUUAUAUCAUUCGUCCUAUACCUUACGACAUAUUUCCAAGUCCUGUCUUUUAAUUCUUGUCACUACACUUAAUGAAUAUUAUUUAACUGUUCUUAUGUUUAUCGUCACAUUCCAUAAGAAUAUAUUUCAAACAUGAAGAUCUGAACCAGUUAUAUUUUUUUCCAUACCUAGACCACAGGUUAAUCCUGACCCAUUUGACUGCACACAUUGUGCUAAAAAUAGACCAUCAGCACUGUGCAUGUGGUACUUGAUAAAUUUUUUUCUAUUUACUUCUGAUCAAUGUAUCUAUUCUUGUAGCAGAAUGGAAAUUUGGGUUUGUUAAACUGUAUUAUAAUUCAUAUCACAUUAGAAAUUGAAGGAAAUGAAUAUUUUAUGCUAUAAUAUUUUGUAUCACUGUCCUAUUCUUCAAGAUUACAUUCUGAAUAUAAACUGCUUAUAGCUGAAAUAACAACUAGAUAAUUUUGAAUUGGGCAAUUAUUUCCAUUUAGUUUCUUUUCCAAAAAUGUAUUUCACUCUUGUAUCAUAAGUCAAAAACUUUAUUGAACUAACUUAAAUAGUUUUUAUUGAUUAAGUAAUCUCUUCUUUUUUAUUAUUAUUAUCAGUGAACCUGGGAGUGAACUAUAUUCCAAUGGGUUGUACAUUUUGAAGUCUUGAACAAGAUAGUGUCAAAUAAUCUCAAUUUGUUUAAUAAUUUUUAAUGAAAAAUAUAUUUUCAAGAGGAUUGUUAGGAUUUAUCUUAGAAACUUUUGAUAUAUAUAUAUAUAUCAGUACAUUAAUUUCAGCAGAUUUAUUGGAUCUUUAUAAUUUUAGGUUUUAGGAACUGAUUGAACUUUGUCUCCCAUAUUUCACCUCCAAUAUAUAUAUAUAUAGAUAGAUAGAUAGGCUAGAAUUAUUAUUUAUGUUGAUAAUUAGUGUAUUAACUUAAAAGAUUUCUGUCAGUUAUUUUUAGCUGAAAAUACUCCUUUUUUUGUCUUCCAUGUCACACUGGACAACAUAUUUAAAUUUUACUGGCUUGCUCAAUGAAACUGUUCUAUUUGAAGACUCCUAUGUGACAAUGCAUUCAGUCAUAACCUAAAAAAAAGAAAGACUUACUUUACCACAAAUAAUGAAGUACAGUGGACAUCAUCAUCAAAAAAAGAGCAAGGUGAUGACAAAAUGCUUACAUGAAAGUUGCAAGAUCUGUAUUUAAAAUACAGAAAUACUAAAUUAUUAAUAUUGUGUAUAGUUUCUUGGUUAUAAUAAUAUUGUGCUGCAUAAUGUGAACAAAAUAACUCAAAUAUUUAAUGAGAAAAUAGGUUUAAAAAGGUGGUGAAUAAUUUUCUUAAUCAUCAAACAGAAGUGUAGACAGUUACUAUGAUAAAAAAAAGUUCUGGUUUUUUUGUUCUAGGGGCUUCAACUCUCAAAAGACUAAAAAUCUACAUAUACUUUAAUAAUGUCUAGAUGUUGAAGUGUAUUAAGUAUUGUAAGGAUUAAAUAAUUGGAGUUUCAAGUAAGUAAUUUGAGUAUGUUAAAACUAUAGAAUGUUGACUAUUCUGUGACAAUUUCACAUCAUGUACACUUAGAAUAGUACUUGUGAUGAAUAGCUGCUGAAACAUGAUAAAGAGAAGAAAACACUGUCUUUGCUGCUACCUCAGGGUUUUAUAAACUUUUUGUUGAUUUUUCUAUAGUUAAUAAGUUCAGUUAACUAAUCUGAGUUCACCUAGUACAAAGUUAAUAUGCCAGUUGAAUUCAUCUGCCUGUGAAAGCUUUUUUUUUUAUUUCUGGUUGGAUUUUUUCCAUUAUUUGAAGAAAAAAAAUACAAAAAAGAUGUGAUUGCUUUAAUGUAAAAAAAUAUAUAAAUUUCGAUUUGGAAAAGAUUACUUAACAAGAUCGCAAGUAGUAUGUGGAAAAAAACUAUAAACUAAAAAAAUUGCUUUUAUGUAAACUUAUUUUGUUAUACAGAUAUUGUUUUUGAGCUAUCUGUUGUGCUUUUUGUUAAGAACUACAAAAUUAAUAUUUGAGUAUUUAAAAUCGUUCUUUUGAAUGUACCUGCUUUUUUUGUGUGUGACUUGUGCUGUAUAGCAAGCUAAGUCCAGAAGAAGUUAUGCCUUGACAUGUUAUGUACAUAAAAUAGAAAUAUAUAUAUAUAUUAACCCAUUUUGGAAGUUAUUAACUUUAGGUGUGUUUACAUUUUUACAUUGCAAGUCUGUAGAAAAGAAAUUGUUAGCAACUGUUGUUUGGGCUGUUUUUGUUGGAUUGGUUCUUUCGUGUUUGUACACGUGAAGAACAAGAUAUUAGUUUAAAUCGUGGUGAAAUACUUCACAUUAAGUUAAUAUGGAAUUGUACAGCUCUAAUUACAGUAUAUGUAAAGUUGAAGAUAUACCUGUACAUUUUAUAUAUAUGUAUAUCUAUAUAGAUAGAUGUAAUGGCACCACCAUUGAUACAGGUGAGAGAGUUUGUUUUUAAUCUCAUACUAUAAAAAGUAAGGUGUUGAUUGAAACUGGUCUGAGAGCCUUGUAUCUCAGUUCUGCCAGUCAGGAUCAUAAGGCGUUCCAUGCUAGAUUAAUGUCAUAAUUUCCCUCCUGGCUUUAGUUGUGCAGGGCCUUACCAUUUCAUGAUCAUGUCUUUGUUAACUUAAGGAAAGGUAAUAUUUUUAUAACCAACAUCAUUCAGAUACCUUUCUUAUAGCUUGAAUAUUCCUGAUACCAUUGGUUACAACAAAUUAAUUGAUUGUAGAAUUGGAUUUUGAUAUUCGUUAUUUUUCCAAAAAUAUGAAUUAGAUGUACAUUGAGUUUGUCUGAUGGCUUGCCCAAGCACUUAGAAUGUGGUCAGCUCAACUCAGGAGAGUUUACUUUUAUGGAGUGUGGGAUUUUUGUGACAAGUUUAAUUUGUUUAGAUAAACAUGUUUUCUAAUUUGUGUGAGCUUUCAGAUCCUAUUUAAAUUAUUCAUGUAGUCUUGUAUAUUACUGUUAUAUGAAGAUCCGUCGUUUCUUUGAAUCUUUAACAGAGGUGCAUACAUAUAUUGUUGUGUUAUAGAAAGUUAAAAAAAAAAACCAGACUGGGUCAGAGGGUUGUGUUAAUUCUUUUUAACUGAAUGUUGGGUUGAUUGAAACACUAGUUCCUGUUUGUGUUCACUUAACCCUGUAAACAAAUAUAUGCUGUCUUGUAAUAUUGAAGAUGGGUUUAUAAAGCAGUUUUAUUUGA